ACGAUGCUCACUCGGCUCAGUCUAUACCUCCUGGCUCUGUUCUCUCCCGCCAGUAGCGAUAGCAUCCACCAAAGAACUUAUUUCUACGUUGGGGGAAACUACUCGGUCACUGAGAAUGGCGAGCAUGUAUACACUAAUCAGAUCUAUGUCGAGAAAUUGACGCCCGUACAAGUGACUCAGCCAUAUCCGCUUGUUUUUAUACAUGGCCAGGCUCAGACAGCGACAAACUGGUUGAACAAGCCAGACGGCCAGCCAGGAUGGGCAUCGUACUUCCUUGACAAGGGCUACGAAUGCUACCUGUUCGAUCAGCCGUUCCGCGGCCGCAGUCCCUGGCAAAUCUCCAACGGUCCACUGGAGACGUACUCGGCCGAACACCUGCAGCGAUACUUCACCGCGCCUGAACGGUAUGGGCUGUGGCCACAAGCAUCCCUGCACACCCAGUGGCCUGGAGCUGGGGUCAUGCGUGAUCCCAUAUUUGACUCCUACUACGCCUGUGCUGUGCCAUUUGUCAGUGAUAAUGUGCUGCAGCAAACUGCCAUGCGCGACGCGGGCGCCGCCCUGCUGGAUCGAAUUGGCCGGCCAGUUAUUUUGAUGGCUCAUUCGCAAGGCGGGAUCAUGGCAUGGCUACUAGCCGACCAACGGUCCGAUCUGGUACACUCGAUUGUCUCCAUCGAGCCUGGUGGUCCACCGUUCAGCAACGCAAUGUUUGGAAAUACAACUGCCCGGGCAUACGGGCUGACAGACAUCCCCAUUGCAUACUCGCCGCCGGUGUUGGACCCGAGCACAGAUUUCUCCACCACCAUCUUGCCGUCCAACUCGUCAAUCCUAGCAGACUGCAUCAUUCAGGCAGACGACCCCCCUGCGAGGCAACUGGUGAACCUGAGCAAGAUUCCUGUGCUCUUAGUGACGACGGAAGCAUCAUACCAUGCGCAGUAUGAUUGGUGCACGGUGAGGUUCUUGCAACAGGCUGGGGUACAGGCUGAACACUUGCAGUUGUCAGAUAUCGACAUCCAUGGUAAUGGUCAUAUGGUAUUUCUGGAGGAGAACAGUGAUGAGGUUGCGGCUGUCAUUCAUCGCAGGAUUGGAGAGUCCGAUUACAUGGAUGGCAAAGCUGAG